UUAACUGGACUUCUGCAAAAAAUCUUAUCUUGAAUAAGUAGUCUAGAAGAUGGCGAAGAAAGAAUCUGGUAUACAGUUCUUGGCAAGGUUAGGAAGUAGACCGUCAUUAACUGGAAUACAACCAAAGAUAUUCGGAGAGGAAGGUCCACAAGCCAAAGAUGUCAUUGAACUUUAUGGAGGAGAGGGAACUGGUAAGACAGAGUUCCUGGUCCAUUUGAUUUGUAAAUGCAUUUUACCCGAGCAUUGGAACAAUAUUCCCUUAAAUGGACAGUCAGCUGGGGUCAUUUUCAUUGAUACUGACUACAAGUUUUCAAUCUUGCGACUAGUGGCUGUGAUGGAAAAAUAUGUUUUGGAUCGAGUAAAUGUCAAUAUGAACGAUGCAGUGACUAAUUCUGACGGAGUUGAAUCUUUGAUUAGCGAGUGUUUAAAAAAGUUACAUGUAUUACGCUGUUCAAGUAGCGAACAGUUAGUUGUCACGUUGCACGAUCUGGAAAAUUUGAUUUGUAACCAAUCAAGCGUAUCUGUUAUAAUGAUUGACAGUAUUUCAUCGUUUUAUUGGAUAGAUAAAUUAAAUGGCGGUGAAAGUACUCAGGCUCAAGAAUCCGGUAUGAAAUAUGCGACUGAAAUUCUUUCUAAAUUGGUUAAUACAUAUAAUUUAACAGUUAUUGCCACAAAAGCGGCAGUAUAUAAGAAGAAAGGGCAGAGUGAAUGUUUUGAUGGUGACGAAAAAGCACAUUCAAAACAACUGAUUAAUCAAGAUUUGGAAUUAUCUCAUGCAGAGUUUAUGUGCAAACCAUGGCAACGACUUGUUAGUCAUAGACUGAUACUUGUAAAAGAUUACAAAGAUGGGAACCAGGACCAGUUGUUUGUUAUUGGCGGAGACUGUGCACAGGGGAACCAGUCAUUUGGAAUUUGUGAAUCUGGAAUAAACUUUUUAUGAUAAUAAUUGUUGCAUUUUCGUAAUUUUCGAAGAUGCUAUUGUCAAUAUUGUUACACUGCUGACUGUUUUACUUGUUAGGUCUUUAGCUCUGACUAUACAAAUAUUUUGGACAUCAGUCCUUAACAUCACAGUAAUAAUCUUUGUCAUUCGUAAACAGAUUUUAAUUUCAUUAAUGUUUUGUAUAGUGAAAUAUUUUUACUAUUAUAGUUGUUAAUAUUUAUGAGUGCACUUAAAAUGUGGGUAGCAAUUUGUGUGUGCUUGAAUGUUCUGUCCUUGUGUAUGUAUACCAUCAAUACUCGCGGCCUGUAUGGCUGGGUAGUUUAGCACCUUGUCGUCAAAACACUUGCUCCUUACUGCAGUGGGUACAAAUUACAGCCAGGGACUUUGAAUUCUUUCAUGUUAGGAAGCUAUACAGCUAGCUUACGCAAAAUUGAUGGUUCUACUCAGGUGUGAGUUUUGCUUGA